CUGCUGCGGUUGUGGAACGCAUCUACCCACAACUGCCUCACACGCCCCACAACUUUCUUCAACAGCAGCCACAGCCCCAUCCCUCAAUUUGUCUUUCAUCCCAGCAGCAGUUCUAGACACCAACACUCACGGCUACAGGCAAUAUGGACGGUGUCUUUGAGGAGCGCAUCCUUGCGCCAGAGACUACUGACCAGUGGCUCUGGAUCCUUAUUGUAGCAUCCUUUGGCGCCUUCUUCGCCGCUUUCGGUAUCGGAGCCAACGAUGUCGCCAACGCAUUCGCCACCUCCGUGGGCGCGAAGGCCCUGACCAUCAAGCAGGCCGUCGUCCUGGCUGCCAUCUUCGAGUUCGCGGGCGCUGUGUUCCUUGGCUCGCACGUCACCAAGACCAUCCGUAAGGGCAUCGCCGAUAUCGAGUGCUUCGAGGACAACCCUGGCAUCUUGAUGUACGGCAACAUGUGCGUCGUGUACACGACUGGAAUCUGGCUCUUGCUGGCCUCCUUCUUCGAGCUGCCCGUGUCCACCACCCACUCCACCGUCGGAGGCAUCGUCGGGAUGGCCAUGACCUACCGCGGCGCCGACUGCGUGGUCUGGUACGAGGAGGCCGACCUCUUCCCUUACCUCAAGGGUGUGUCCGCCAUCGUGGCCUCGUGGGCGCUGUCCCCCCUCUUUUCCGCUGUGAUCGCCGUGGCGCUGUUCCUGUUUAUGAGGACCUUCGUUCUCCGGUCGCCCGACGCCCACAAGAGGGCUAUCAACGUCUUCCCAUUCCUCGUGACCGCCACCAUCGCCGUCAACGUCUUCUUCAUCGUGUACAAGGGUGCCAAGGGUCUCGGCCUGGACGACACCAGCCUCUCCACCGCGUUCGCCUGGGCCCUGGGCCUGGGGGGGGGGAUCGGCCUGGCCAUGAUCCCCACGGUGCUCCCCUACAUGCGGAGGAACAUUGCCGCCAAGUUCAACGAGGACGGCACCCUGAAGCCGGUUGCCGCGGUGGAGGAGAAGGAGAAGCAGAGCGGCAUGGUAGGGUUCGUAAUGAACCAGAUGAACCAAGACAUCCACUCAAGCGUCAAGGAUUCGGAGUACGUCAGCCAGAUCCACGACAACGCGGAGAAGUUCGACCCCCGCGCGGAGGAGGCCUUCAAGUACGUGCAGGUGUUUACGGCUAUCUGCGACUCCUUCUCGCACGGAGCGAACGACGUUGCCAACGCCAUGGGACCCUUCGCGGGCAUCUACAUCGUCUACACCACGGGAGAGGUUACUACGGAGGGAGACCUCGGGAACGACGCCUUCUGGAUCCUCGCCCUCGGCGGCAUCGGGAUCGUUGCUGGGCUUGCCAUCUACGGGUACAAGAUCAUCGCCGCCAUCGGCGUCAAGAUCGCCAAGAUCACCCCGUCCCGUGGUUUCGCGAUCGAGCUCGGGUCCGCCAUGAUGGUCAUCAUCGGCACUCGGCUCGAGAUCCCCCUCUCCACCACCCACUGCCAGGUCGGGGCCACCACCGGUGUCGCCCUCCUCGAGGGUGCCGGCGGCGUGAACGGCACGGUGCUCGCGAAGGCCGUCUUCGGGUGGAUCAUCACCAUCGUCGUGUGCGCCCUCACGUGCUCCGUGAUCUUCGCGCAGGGGGCCUACGCUCCCUACGUGUACGACACCAUCAUCCUUCCGGAGACCACCUCGUCCUCGUAAUAAAAAAAACAAGCACGGGUGGUGGUACCGGGUCACUUAUUGAGUAGGAACGCGAUUGAGUAGGCAAGCGUUGCCCGGGGCCGCGGCGGCAGCAGGGAUUUUCUUGGCCCCACGGAUAUAGCUUUUGUUUUAUUUUGGGCGGUUCGUCGGUUGUGCUAGGCCCUUCUUCCGCAACUCUCGACUCGGCCUGUCUACCAUGUUUUGUCGGUGCCUAAGGAAGAUGAGGUGUACCCUACCCCCCCCAGGGUGCCCGACGCUCUAGCAUUUGUAUUGUAUGUCCGACGGGUUGUUGCAUCGAUCCAGGCCAAUUGCCUAAAUUUGCUUGCCUGCGUGCUUGCUUGCUUUUUGCCGCGUGGAUGUAUGUGUAUAUCUUGGAGUAGGAGCAUUUUUUACGAGACAUCAAAGGCUGCACGAGCUGUGCAAAACCUGUACUGAACUGGCAUUUGCAGGUGCUACCUGUGGGAGAAUAAUGAAAAGGAACGCAGAUGUUGAGCGGGCUUGAAAAUCGAGACACGGAUGUGUUUUUCCAUCCCUCCCGAACUUUUUUGGUGCCAAGCGUUUUUUCCGCGCUGGUCUCUUGGUAGUUUCACGCCAGUGAAGUCUCUUGUUUGUUUUCACGCCAGCUAGUGCUUGUGAACAUUGCGCAUCGCUUUGGAGGGUGAUCUUGGGCUGCUGCUGCAUGGUUUCCAGCAGUUACGUCCACUUGCCGUAUGUGUUUUUGGUCGGGUGGGGUACGCUCUUCUUCGAGGGUUUUGCCCCGAAGUAGUGGUACAGAUGGCGCCCCCACUUGAGAACCUCUAGUUUCGGCCGAGGCUGGAGUUCUGAUUUCGCUGAUCAUUUUUGCUGAUCAUCCUCUGUGAAUGGUCGCCAUAUGGGUUUUAAGUGCAGGGUGCUUUACCGAGCUCACAAAUGGUGCUCAAGUUUUUACUUCUCUGAUUUUUUGCGAGGGUCAAUUUCUUAAGUACUGAGUUCCGAAGUGCGGGCGCUAUCUGUAGUGGCGAUGUUGUUUUCCGCCGCAUUUGCUCGCCACGACUGGAGUCCCUCUCCGUUUGUCCUGGAGGAGAUGGAUGACUGAAAAAAUAAUUGAACGAUGUUUGUUAUCUUCAAGUUGGGCUGCUGUGCCUUCGCCAAAAAACCUUGACAGAUUCGGUGUUGAUCGCGGGCGUUGCAGCAAGCGCGACGCUAAACAAACAAACGUCGCCCCGCACAAGGACGGCAAUGGCUCAUGUUUUCGCCAAACCUGCCACUACUAGCGAAAAAAAUU